AUGGCGAAUAACACCUCUAACAUCAGAGCUGCGCUACAGACUAUCAGCCAAGCAUCUACUGAGUCGCUUGUACCACACAUCUGGAAGCUAUGUGAAGCCAAUGCCGCUAUUGCAAAGGCUUUCUUAUCUCUUAGUCGAAAAUUUUGCGAAGAAACUGGGCAACUCGAAACUCCAGCUAAGGACUUAGCGACGCUAGAAGAUACUGACCUUGCAAGUUCUCAGGCUCAGUCCCCAACCAUCUUGAGAGAUAAUACAUGGCAGGACGUGUCCCAGGGGACUCUGCAGCAGUACAACUCUCGGCGUGGCCGACCAGAGAAUGCCAUUGUGAGGCUUGCACAGUACUGGGUUCAGAGGAGACUAGCAGGAACCAGUGUACUCAACGUCGCAGAUGAACAAGGGGUGUUAGAUGAUAUACGCAAGGCUGUAAUUUCAAGCACUCCUGUAUUCUUAGCAUUAGUAAGAGGUAUAAAGAAAAGAAGGUCCGCAAUCAACUCGCGACGCUAG